AUGGCAAGGGCCAAUGGAAUCAGGCAGCAAGGAGGAGGAGGAGGAGGCAGGAACUCGAAGGAGGCAGGAAGGAGAGGCAGAAAGUUCAUUUCAGACAUCUUUUCGUUAGCUAGGGACAUGUCGGAAGCGGAGGAUCUCCCAAAGGCAAACGUGAAGAGAAUAGUGGGUGCGAAGCUGACGGAGUUUCAAGAGCAGUUCGCGGCAGACGACAAGAAGGGGCGGGCAGUGCAAAUCAACAAGGAUGCACUGGAGGCCUUUGUCCAAAGCGCCAAGAUCUUCAUACACUACCUUUCAGCAACCGCGAACGAAAUUUGUCAAGAAAGUCGACGGUCAACUGUCAAUGCGGAAGAUGUGAUAAAGGCCUUGGAGGAGAUGGAGUUUGACGACUUGAUAGAACCUCUGAAAGAAGCAUUAGGCGUGCUUCGCAUUGAAGCUCAAGCGCAAAAGGGCAAAAGAAAGGCUGCCCCAAAGAAACGGAAGCCUGCUGAGGAGCCAGCGGAAGGAGUACCAGUGGGUGAUCAAGAAGGGGAAGCAGAAGGUGCCCAUGGGGAAGAGGGUGGUGAUGAAGAAAUGCAGGAAGAUCAGGCAGGUUGAUACUGUCACUUCUGGGCUUCAAAGUCAAUCCUUGCCAGUCUUGUUGAGAUGUUGCAAGGCAAGGGUUUAAAUCUUUAAAAAGGCCGUACAUAUGGUCGCAAUGUUUAUGGUCAUACGUGCUUUCAGUGGCUCUAGAGCCACGGUUAAAGGGAAUGUGCUGACGUUCCUUAUUGAUGGAAGGCACAUGCAAUCCAAU